UCUCUCUCUCCCCCAAAGUCUCAAUACACAAGACACAAAAAACACUCUUUUCUCUCUUUCUCUGUCUCAAACAUAACAUGAGCGGCGGUGGGGAGACUAGGGUUUCAAUCCCAAGCAAUGUAAAGGAGACGAUCCAGGACAUCAGAGAGAUCACCAAGAAGCAACACAGCGACGAUGAAAUCUACGCUGUGCUCAAGGAGUGCUCUAUGGAUCCCAACGAAACCGCUCAAAAGCUCUUGUAUUUAGAUACAUUUCAUGAAGUCAAAAGGAGAAAAGAUCGGAGAAAGGAGCUCUUGAAAGGUAGAGCAUCUGAAGAUUCUAGAAUGCCACCAGGCACACAGAGGCGAGUGUCUAGGGGUGGUGGCCAAGGGAAUUAUUCUUCCAGUAUCUCUUCUGAUGCUGGUGGUGGGAGGAAUGCUUCUGCUCGGAGGGAAAAUGGGGUCAAUCAUGUUGCAGAUAGAGGUUCUAUGCCCUCUUCUGUUAAGCCAGUUAUACAGAAAACGAAAAACAUUGCUGCAACUUCAAUGCCAAUAGCUUCAACUGGCACACCAAAUGGGGUCACAAACCUAUCAAAUGGGAGUUCUAUUCACAGUUCUGCCCCAAAAUCCCCUAUGGUUGUUGAUAACAAUGUUCGUGAAGGAGGUUCAGCUAUAGAUGUAAAGAAGUUGGGAGCUGCAGCAUCUCGCCCUGCCGCUGUGACAUCUACACCUACCUUUGGCUCACUGGAUCAUGAAAAGCCCGUGUCAAUACCUGAACAGCUCCCAAUUUCUGCCCCAACAGCAUCUGCUUCCUCUGUUUACUCCUCUGCUUCAGAUCCUGCUGUAUCAAAUCAUGUUCAAGAAAACAAAAAAGGCUCUGUAGAUGCUAUUGGCUUGGAGUCGUCCAAGAGUGUAAAAGGGGCCUCCAGAUCUGCUAAUUCUGUGGUGGUGGCUGAAAAGAAUUGGAAUAUUAAGCCUUCACAACCCCAUUUUUCCUCAAAUGAUGAUGGUUCCUUGGCCAAGCUGCCUUCUAAAAGUGUUAAACAGUCACAGUUAGAGUCUGCUGUUCCUCUGAAAGUGGUCACACUGGAGGUUGCAACCAACGCUGUUGAAGCUACUUCUCAAGUGCCUCGUGACUCGAGUCUCUCAGUUGCAAAACAUGUUACUUUUCCAAAUCAUAUCCAAGUCCCUGAAGCUUUGAAAAAUGUAUUGACCUUUGGAAGUAUUGAUGCUACUUUUGGACCGAGAGUAGACUCUGUUAAUGGUACUGGUGGUGAUAACUUCUCUAUUGGUGCUGUUGAAUCUUCUCAGGAUACUGAUGAAACCACUAAAGAACCUUCUCCUAGCAAUGAUAUUUUAUCCUCACGUGUGCAAGGAGAUUUUUCUGAGAAUCCACCAUCAAUACCUAACGUGCUCGAAAAGUCACCGCCUACAGAGGGUAAUGUCUCUUCAAGUACAGACUCAAAAAGUGAACUUCCAAAGCAGGAGUUGCAGUUGCCACCAGAAGGUCCACAGAACCAAACUGCUCUACAUGCCCCUAGCUAUAAUCUUGGGUUCUUUCCCCCCAUGCUAGGGAGCCAGCUUUUACAGGUGGAAGGGCAUGAUAAUCAGGCACAUGAAACACCCCGCCUUCCAAACUUUGUCGGUGGAAAUUCUGCUGCUGUGCCUAGCCCAAACUCAACUCCACCACUGCCAAGCUCCAUACCUGUCUCUCAGCAGUCAGUUCCGCUUUACAGGCAGUAUCCCCCUAAUUUCUACCCAUAUGGCCACUAUCUCUCUCCAUAUUAUAUGCCACCAAUACACCAGUUUUUAGGUCACAACGGCUUUCCUCCACAACCUUCAGCUGGGAACGUAUUUCUACCACCACCACCACCACCUGCGGCAGCUGCUGCUGGGGUUAAAUUCCCUCUUCCACAUUUCAAGGCUGGGGUGAAUGCUGGAAAUCCAACUCAAUAUAGUAAGCUCUGUUGCUUCAUCAUAUUAGUUACUGAAGGUUCAACUGUUUGGAUACAUGCUCCGGGACAAGAUAUGUCCAGCUUGCAAGUGAGCUCUAUGUACAACCUUCCUCAGGGGCCGCGUCUCACCUUCUCGCCCAUGCAGGCUGGGCAUGGUGGCAUGGCUGGAAUUUAUCCACCUGGGCAAACGAUUGCAUCUCCAACAUUUCUGCAACAGUCCCAGGCUGUGGCUGGAGCUGCUGAAACUAUAGGACCACAGUCUGCUGCUUAUCAGCAGCCUCAACAUACACAGAUGACUUGGAAUUAGAACUUUUGAUUUGGCAGAACUUUGCUGAGUGACGACACAGAAACACAUCUUCUGAGGAUCGAGUUAAACUGGGAAUCUGAUAUCUGGCAUGUUUUGAGUGUAAAUAUGAAAUGCUGCCCAGACAUUUUUGGAAUAUCAUCUUGACCAUCUGAAGUUGAAAGAAGAUAGGUUUGGGUUUUUCCAUGGUUCAUCUUUUAUUGUCUUUUGCUUUCCUCAUCUGUUCUGUAGCGCCUAGCCUCUUAGUAAUAUUUUUUUUUUCAAAAAGAAAAAUCUCUUGGUUGGAAAUGAGUAUUUAGCUUUGAAACUUAGUAAUUCCUUUAAGAUGUUAUAGGAGAAGUAAGAGAAGAGGAUGAUAGAGUAGGGGUGGGAUUUUCCAAUUUUUCCUUUCUGAUGUCUCACCUGUAUAUUAAUGAUAGCAAAGAAUGUCAUAUUAUACGGUUGUAAUUGGUCUAUGAGAAUUGGCUUCUC